GUGACCGCGAGACCGUGCUUUUUUUUCGGGGCGGCGUUUUCCUCUCCGCGCCCGCGCCCUCUCAAAGUAAAAGUCUGACCGCCGCCGCCGCCCUACGACGACGACGACGACGACCGCGGUCGCCACUCGUCGUGCAACCGUGUGUCGCGCGACUUCAGUUGCUUAUCGGCUGGCGCGCUCGUUUGCGUUGUGUACAUCGAUAAUAAUAUUAUAUUUAUUAUGAUUGUUGCACGUCGUUUUCUCGCAAUACACUCGGCGUGACGGUGAGACGACGACGACGACGUAUUUCGCGGUCGACGGUUGAUAACGACGCUGUGCGUCUAUAAUAAUUAUUAUUUUUGUUGUCGUUAAAUAAAUCCACGACGUUCGACUCGCGUAGUUAUUGUCCGUCUGCGUUUCGUGGCGGGCAGACCGUGUUUCCGUGUUUGCGCGGUGCUCUAUAGAACCGAGUUCGCGAUUAGAAAAUUUCGUCGGGUAGUCAUUUCCGCUGUCGUCGUCGUUCGUUCAUGGUUCGCCUGCGAUACUCCGCCGAAAUGUCGUUUGGCGACGGUUCGUCGCCAGUGGCUAUUUGACAGGGCCGCACGAGAAGUUGACCCCUCGUUGAGAGUCUUCGAUAACGGUUUGCAGGGAAAUGGAGUCUAUCCGGAAAUGGUUUUACAAACCAAAAAAGGGAGACCGUUCGCUAUUGGCGCAAUUCUUUUACGCUGAUGACGAAUUGAAUGCCGUUGCCGCAGAAUUGGAUAGUUUCGACGGAAAAAAAGACCCUCAGCGGUGUACUGCUCUUGUGAACCAUUUGCGACAAUGUCAGGACAAAGUCUUGACGAUUUGUAUUAAAAUUAUGGACGAGCUAAUACCCGGCGAACGGGCUAGCCGUGAUUUCCGUGUAAAAUUUCCAGACGACGUAAUUCAAGAUAAUCUGGCGGGACAGCUGUGGUUUGGUGCUGAGUGUCUGUCUGCGGGAUCGAGCAUAAUGAAUCGUGAAGCUGAAAGCGGAGCUAUGAGACCUUUGGCUCGGGCGCUGACUAAGUCUCUGGAAAGAGUUCGAGGCCUCUUGAGGGAUGCGAGCCUUUGUGGUGACCAAACUCCUCCAUGUCUGCGUAACCUAAUAACAUCGUUGUGCACGUUUGAUCAUCUGUUGGCUGAGUUUGAGUUGCGUUACGUGUCUGCGAUGGUGCCCGUCAAGACCGCCCACGAAUAUGAACUCCAGCAGCUCGUAGUUGUCUUGUUCUCUGAGACCCUACAAAGAGCACUCGUUAAAGGUCUUUUAACCCAAGAGAUGGUUGAUGACUACGAUCCUGCCCUUAUGUUCACCAUUCCACGUUUGGCCAUCGUAUCUGGUCUGUUAUUUUAUCCCUACAUGUCGCCGCUGUCUCUCGAUCAAAACGCCAGUGAUAUGUCCGAUAUGUUCCGUCCAUUUAGAUCGUUAUUAAUGAAAAUCAGAGAACUCCUUCUUACCCUGUCUGAUAAUGAGCUAUUAACGUUGGAGAGGAUGUUGUGUUCCUCUGAUGAGGUCAAGUUCGACGAGAAGUUGUCGAUCAAAAACCAACAGUUAUCUUGUCAGGAAACUAGUGACGAAGACUCCGAGUGCCUUUCGUCCAGUACUGCAGAACUGGUCAUGGACAACAGCAUUAACACUACUCCCACCACCGCCACUCCAGUGACGACUAUUGAACACUGUGGUACGAAAGGAUUUCCACCAACGCCACCGUCAUCUCCGCAAGACAUGAUCAACAACAACAGUAAUCGCUGCAACCCAUCGACUAAACGUGGAUCUUUUGGAUCAACGAUCAUAUCGACGAAUAAUGCCGUUGAUAUACAGUCGGAUAACGAAUCAAAAAAUCCGGUGGGUAACCGGCAGCAACUGCAACAAUACGAUUGCGGUGGUUUAGAGUCGUCAUCAGGUUCAAUGCCAGACGCAGACCUCACCGAGUCGCUGGCCACAGCUACAGAAGCUCUGACGGAAAUCUUGGUGAAGUCUACGAACAUGGAACGUGAGAUGGGUAGAAACAAUGGUGGCGGUGCGGCUGUGGUUGUGGUGGUGGUCCAAGACGACAAUGGUAAUGAAAAUGUGCCGUCACCACAGCUUAAUUCUGCUAAACAGCUCCAUGCCACUCCAAAUGUGUCAAGUAGUUCAACACAAACAGAAUGUCCACCAUCGAGUUCUUAUCGAGUGUGUUGCUGUAACAACUGGAACCGAUGGAAGUCGACUACAAUAGACAAUAAGAGAGAUCGGUCGUCCUCUAUUAGGUGUCAGUCGCCAUCUGGUGUCAGAGGUGGUGGUGGUAAUGGUCGUUGUUGUCAUCACCACCACAGGAGAAAAAAGACAAACACCACUGUUGCUGCUUCCAACCGUUGUGGAGGUAAUGAGAGUUGCAGCAGCAGUAGUAGUGGUGGUGAGACAAAAGCCCGCGAUAAAGUCACUGUUGUUGCUGCUGUCUCGACCAAGUAUACAAAAAGUUGGCGGGAAUUGCGCAAGGCAACUAGCUCUGAUGGAAAACGAUCGGCGGAAGUGGUGAUUUGCCGAUUGCAAACAACGGGCUGUUGCAAUACACCUAGAUGUGGUGGUGUAAAACCAAUGAUCAAGAAACAUGAGAUGUGUUCAAGCUGUUCUAGUUGUACGACUUCAUCAGCAGAUGAGAGUGAUGAGAGCUUAACUGACAGCACAUCAACAGACAGUUCCUGUAAUUAUACGUUACGUCGACAGAAAGCUCGUGCUAAGUUCAGAUCUGAUGAAGACUUGUUGCAUCGGUUGUUUGUAUGUAUAUCAGGAGUGGCCGACCAAUUGCAGACAAACUUUGCUGGAGAUUUACGUAAUAUACUUAAAGCAGUGUUUCUUAUGUCUAAUUCUAAUUGUGGCAACGAUAGUCAACAGAAUUCUGAAAUAAUUCCGGUUAUGAACAACCCAGCUGCAGUAAUAGAUAUUGAAAAUGGCGAAGAGGCGCUUGUAUGGAGAGGUGAAACCAUGAUUAAUGAUGUUUUAUCCACGUCUACAGAAACACCACCACCUUGGGUACCUGAUAACGAGGCUCCAGUGUGCAUGUCUUGCAAAGCUAUAUUUACUGUGGUCCGAAGACGUCACCACUGUCGAAAUUGUGGCAAAGUAUUCUGUUCUCGGUGCAGUUCCAAUUCUGUUCCUUUGCCUAGAUUUGGGCACUUGAAGCCAGUGCGUGUGUGCAAUCGUUGUUUUAUCUAUCAGGUUACGCCAUUCACACUGGAGCAUUCAAUUGGGCCAGUUCCAAUUGUCUUGCAAUCUUAAUUAAUUUUAGUCCAUCAAGUUUGUGUGGUUUUCCCCUCCUCUCACCAUAAAUCCUCUUCUCCUAAACAUUCCAAAGAGAUAAAGAAACAUCUUUAUUUUUUGUGUUACCAUUUUAUUCUAAUUGACUGUUUGUUUCUUCCCUUAUAAUCUUUUGCUUUAUAUUCUUUUUCCCCCUCGAAUAUUCUGUUCCUAACAGUAAUAAUAUUAAUUAGUUGUAUGCAAAUAAACCAUUGUCUUGAAAUUAUUCAACAAUUUAACUUUAAUGAAUGCAUUUGUUAUAUUUUCUUUUAUAAAAUUAAUUUAAUGAUAAUAUUAUUACAUCUAAAAAUUAUAAUAUCGAUACUGAUUUCUGUUAUUGGUGUGUAUUAUAAUGGUUAGUCAAACAAUUCUAUUAUGAAUACAAAAUACGUUUUUGUUUCUGAUACUAAGAUAGCUGCUCAAUAAUGUUUUAUGCCCACAUUUAGUCCGAUUGUCUUGAAUUUUAUCAUAUUUUAUUUCUAGAAAUAACAACACUGUUAUUACCUAAUCAUUAUUAAUAUAUACUAUCAUACGAAUUGAUAGAUUACAAUUAAAUACAAUUAUUAUUAUUAUUAUUAUUAUUAUUAUUUUUAAUUAGUUUAUAAAAAACAAACUUAAGUUUCCUUUUUCAAUUAUUAUUUAAAUUAUUUGUUGUAAUCAUACUAACAAACUUUGUUCACUUGAUCUAUCAAUAUUGUAUUAAUGAUCAAAAAUGGCUGUGGAUUUUAUUCUUAAUGAUCAUUGUUCUAUAAUAUCAAAUAUCAAUACACUAUAUUGUAAGUUAUAAAAAUAUGUAUUAAACAUUUUUUAGUUUUUCUUUUUCAAUAAGUUUUAAACUUUAGUACCAUGAAAAAAAAAAAAAACUGAUUGAGGAUAAUAAGAAUGGAUAAAUUUAAUUAUAUACUGUUCAAAAAUGGAUAUUAAACGAUAUAAAAUGCAUUAUGUAUGCAUGAUUUAAUUUAUAUAUUAAAAAAAAUUAAAAUACCAAUCAUUGUGAUUCGUUAAAACAUUCUUUUGUUCUUAAACUUAAUCUCUGUGAUAGUUUUUACAUACAAAUAUGAUUAUUUAUUUUCUGUUCAUAAUUAUUUAUUAAUUUAAAUAUUCAUUAUUACGUUUGCAGAUUAUUAUAUCUUACAGUGGUAGUGUAUUGUAAUAAUUGUUGUACUACUAAAAUAUAAUUAAACUAUUUGAAAAUAAUUAUGUCAACAAAAUUGUAUUUGUCCAUAAACAUUGUUGCCAAUUCAUGUAUAACAUUGAUCUGCUUGAAAUUAAAUUUAAAAAUAUCAUUAAAGAUAUUAUUCUAAUUAGAAACUUGUUGUAGCCAAAUUUUGAUAAUAAAUUGUAAAAUGUUGUGUUCUAUUGUUUGUGCUAAUAACAAAUUGUUUAUAAUAUAGAAAUUGGUUUUUUGAACGGUUACUUAGUAGUAUGUAUCUUUUGAACAUAUGGCAUUUUGCAUUUAAGUGUAAUAUGUUAAACAUAUUUUUUUUUUAAAUAUUUUGUAUGUGCAAUACAUUUUUAUUUUUAGUUUAUGAUUUUUAUAAGAUAAGUGUUUGAAAUAUGCAUUUAGUGUUGCAUCACCAAUCGUUUUGGUUGAAAUCACUGUUCUUGUAUAGUUUGUAUGUGAAUAUGUCAAAACAAUUGUGUGUUGUAAACUUGAUAAAAAAAGUCUAUUGUAUUUUUUUUCAUACUAUAACAAUUAAAAUUAUUGCCAGUCAUUUUUUAA